AUGUCCACCUGUGCAGCGUUGCGGGCGACCCACCGAGCUCCCCGCACUUUGUCCUCCCGCAUUCUCUCCGCCAGACCUGUCUCGCUGACCUCUUCCUCUUUUGCUCGCAACACCACUACCUUCAAGACCCUCAAUUCCUCUGUCCCUAGAGUCUCUCGUUUCUCCACAAUGGCUCCCCUCCAGCAGGCCGCUCCCACCACCGACAAGAGCUAUGAUCCUGAGAUCAAGGACAUGGCGGAUUAUAUUCACAACUACAAUGUCAACUCGGACUUGGCUUACGACACCGCUCGAUUGGUCUUCCUCGAUACCCUCGGAUGUGGUUUGGAAGCUUUGAAGUUCAAGCAAUGUGCUAAGCUGCUUGGUCCCACGGUGGAGGGAACCGUCGUCCCCAACGGUACUCGCGUCCCCGGUACCCCCUACCAGCUGGACCCUAUCAACGGUGCCUUCAACAUUGGUGCUAUGAUCCGUUGGUUGGACUACAACGACUGCUGGCUGGCUGCUGAGUGGGGUCACCCCUCCGACAACAUGGGUGGUAUCCUGGCCGUGGCUGACUGGAUUGCCCGCACCAACCGUGCUGGCGGCAACCUUGGUAACGGCAAGAUCCCCACAGUCAAGGAUGUGCUGGAGGCUAUGGUCAAGGCCCACGAAAUUCAGGGUGUGCUCGCGUUGGAGAACUCGUUCAACCAGGUCGGUCUGGACCACGUCGUGUUGGUCAAGGUGGCCACUACCGCCGUUGUCUCCAAGCUGCUCGGUUUGACCGAGAGACAGACCGCCGAUGCCAUCACCCAGGCGUGGGUUGACGGCCAGUCCCUCCGUACCUACCGUCACUCGCCCAACACCAUGUCGCGCAAGUCGUGGGCUGCCGGUGAUGCCUGCCAGCGUGCCGUCAACCUCGUCCUGAAGGUGCAGAAGGGUGAGGGUGGUAUGCACUCGAUCCUGUCCGCCCCCGGCUGGGGUUUCUACGACGUCCUGUUCAAGGGCAAGAACUUCUCCUUCCAGCGCCCUUACGGCAGCUACGUCAUGGAGAACGUCCUCUUCAAGGUGUCCUACCCCGCCGAAUUCCACUCCCAGACCGCCAUCGAAGCCGCCCAGAUCGUCAACAAGAAGCUCGCCGAGCUGGGCAAGAGCGCCAAGGACAUCAAGGAGAUCACCAACCGCACGCACGAGGCCUGCGUCCGCAUCAUCGACAAGCAAUUCAAGCCCAUGGACAACUUCGCCGACCGCGACCACUGCAUCCAGUACAUGGUCGCCAACAUGCUCGUCUUCAACCGCCUCGUCGCUAGCGACUACGCCGACGGCUCCGAGGCCGCCACCUCCCCGCUCCUCGAGGACCUCCGCCAGCGCAUCCGCUGCGUCGAGGACCCGCAGUUCACCAAGGACUACCACGAGCCCUCCAAGCGCACCAUCCCCAACGCCCUCACCGUCACCCUGCACGACGGCACCGUCCUCGACGAGGUCUCUAUCGAAGCUCCUCUGGGCCACCGUCUGCGUCGCGAGGAAGCUAAGCCUGAGAUUCUGGCCAAGUACAAGCGUCACCUGGGCGCGCACUUUGACCAGGCUCGUGUUGACCAGCUUGUUAACUUGGGUAAUGACAAGGCUGCGCUUGAGGGCUAUGAGGUCGACAAGUAUGUUGACUUGUAUGUUAAGGAGAAGAUGAUUGAGUCGGCAUAA